AUGAGUGGCGCCGUGGAGGCUUUACACAUCUAUGAUGAGCACAACCGCCCAAUUCUCUCCCAUAUUUACACGGGGCGCCCCCUCUCAGCUCCUCAACUCCUCCCUCUAUACAUGAGCCAUGCACAACCGCGGCCGAGCUUCAUAUACUUGCCGAACACCUCCCCUCCUACACUGGUCUUUAGUCUCAUCCAUUCCAACCUUCUAUUCCUCCUCACAUCCUCCUCCGAGAUUGAGCCCCUCCUUGCUCUCGAAUUCCUACACAGAAUCAUAGAUGUACUAGAGGAAUUUGUCGGGUCCCCAUUAUUGGCACACAAAGUGGAGAGCAGUUAUGAUGUAGUAGCCCAGCUUCUAAAUGAGAUGUGCGAUGCUGGGGCUGUGAGUACAACUGAGCCAAAUGCGCUGAGAGAUGUGGUAGAGGUUGAGGGAUGGCUCAACAAGCUGUUGGGAGGAAUCAAUAUUCCUGGGAAAACAGGCUUUGCUUCUGCACCCUCGAGUUCAAAUAUGUCUGCAAUAUCUUCAACAGGAUCACUAGCAGCAAAUACCCCAGCACUACCUUGGCGAAGGGCAAACGUACGCCAUACUUCUAAUGAGCUCUAUGUGGAUAUUGUAGAGACUUUGUCCGUCACACUUGCUCCUUCUGGACGACCCCUAGCUGCUUUUGCCAAUGGAACGAUUGCUUUCACGUCCAAAAUAUCAGGGGUUCCAGACUUAUUAUUGAAUAUUUCAUCACCAUCUGGAAAGCAGAAUAUCAACAGUGUCAUGCAGCUCCCCGUUUUCCAUCCAUGUGUGCGAUUAGCUAGGUGGAAGGAAAAGCCUGGAGAAAUGAGCUUCGUACCACCUGACGGACGCUUCAUAUUAGCUGGCUAUGAAGUUGAUUUACUUCCUUUUCAGAACGGGCACGUCGGCAGCACAAACGCAUCAAAUUUGAAAUUGCCGGUCCAGGUUGAGGUAAAGACUGGUCUAGGCCCAACAGGGUCUGACUUUGAAGUUAGACUGUUCAUUACCAAAGUCUCUGGUCAAGGCAAUUCGUCUUCCUCGGCUCUGUCUUCAAGGAGCAGCAACCAACUUGGAGGUCGCGGUGGUUUUGGGGCACAACCUGGUACCUCCUCAACCCCAACACUGGAGGAUCUCGUAGUCACGAUACCUCUACCAACAGAUGUAAGAAACCUGUCAGAAAUGAGAGCCAGCAGAGGUGACACUACCUACAACCCCGGGGGAGAGAAUUUAGAAUGGCACAUCCCAGCUAAGGAAGCCGUUACUGGAGGAGCAACCUUGCGCUGUACCGUUGCUGGCCCUCUUGUUGACGAUGAAGAUUUCGAAAGUAAUGGCUUCAGACUCGACGGAAGAUAUGAUUAUGAUGAAGAUACAUAUCAAAGCACACCAGCAGAAUCCGAAAAGGAACCCUUAAAGGUGGAUGAGACAAGCAAUGCACGUAAGGUUGCCCAGAACAAAAUCCUCAUGCCUAGCUCUGCAGCAGUCAGCUUCUCCGUAAAGGGCUGGCUGGCUAGUGGAAUCAAAGUCGAGAGUGUGGUCAUCGAUACCAAAAAGAGUCGUGGAAUUGGAGAAGGGGUCAAACCUUAUAAAGGCGUUAAGUAUUUGACGAUCAGUAGGGGUGGGAUCGAAGCUCGAUGUUAA